AUGCCGCUCUAUGCUAUGUUCUUAAAGGAAUUGAUGACCAAGAAGAGAAGUUGGAAGAAUGAUGAGACUGUUGUGCUAACUGAGGAAUGUAGUGCUGUCAUUCAAUACAAGCUACCCCAGAAAUUGAAGGACCCUGGGAGCUUCCAAAUCCCCUGUAUCAUAGGAGAAAUCACAGUGGAAAAAGCCUUAUGUGCUUUGGGAGCCAGCAUAAAUCUGAUGUCCUUAGUAACGAUAAUAAGAAUGAGGAUUGAGGAGGCUAAACCAACAAGAAUGGCCCUUCAAUUGGCAAACCGAUCAUUCAAGUUUCCCCAAGGAGUAGUGGAAGACUUGUUAGUAAAGGUGGGAUAUUUCAUCUUCCCAUCAGACUUUGUAGUGUUGGAUAUGGAGGAAGAAGCCAAAGCCUCAAUUAUUUUGGGAAGGCCAUUCUUAGCUACUACCGGAGCCAUCAUAGAUGUCCAAAAGGGUGAACUUACCCUUAGGUUACAUGAUGAAAAAAUGGUAUUCAAUGUGUUUAAAGCCUUGAGCUACCCACGGGAAUCACUAGGAGAAUGCAUGAGGUUGGAUUCAGUGGAAGUCUUAGUACAAGUGACCCAUGAGGAGGAAGAAAUUGAGGAAAUAUUAGGAGAGGACCCCACAUCAAACGAAGAGGCUGCAGCAGUCGAAGUUCUUAUCCAGCGCACAUCAGAAGAGAAGAAUGAAGAAAAAGAAGCACCUAAGCUUAAACUGAAAUCGUUACCAUCCACCCUUAAAUAUGCAUACUUGGGAAACAAUGAAAGUUACCCAGUGAUCAUAAAUUCAUCUCUUAGCAAAGAACAGGAGGAAGAAUUAAUCAAAGUGUUGCAAACACAUAAAGAUGACAUUGAAUGGACCCUUGCUGACUUAAAGGGAAUCAGUUCAUCCAUAUACAUGCAUAAGAUAUUGUUGGAAGAUGAUGCCAAACCCUCCAUUCAACCCCAAAGGAGGCUGAAUUAA